UCAACAAAUAGUUCAUUUCGUUUUAGUAAUUCGUACGAUUUGUUUCUUAUUUGUGAAAGCUCGUCGAACGGAAGCAAAUUUCGCUUUACCCUUUUGAAAAACAAAGGAAAAAGUUCGUAAAAAGCGAAAGAGCCCAUCGAAACCAACACGAAACGGAGUUCAAUAAAGAUUGCUUCCCCCAGAUCAGAUUCAAAAAUGGUUGCCGAUAAUAUCGAUGCUGGAGUAGCCAUUGCCGCUGCCGACUCAUCCUCGUCGCCUGUGAGCGUGAAGGACGAACUCCCGGCCGGCAACUACGUCCUGGUGGGCGUGGACAUAGACACCACUGGACGUCGUCUAAUCGAUGAGAUUGUCCAGCUGGCCGCCUAUACACCCACCGACCACUUCGAGCAGUACAUCAUGCCCUACAUGAAUCUGAAUCCAGCUGCGCGCCAGCGCCACCAAGUUCGUGUUAUUUCGAUUGGCUUUUAUCGUAUGCUGAAGUCGAUGCAGACCUACAAGAUCAUCAAAUCCAAGUCGGAGAUCGCCGCCCUCAAGGACUUCCUCAACUGGCUUGAGCAACUAAAGACCAAGGCUGGCUCCGACUCGGACGGAAUAGUGCUGCUCUACCACGAGGAGCGCAAGUUCAUUCCGUACAUGAUCCUGGAGUCGCUGAAGAAGUACGGCCUGCUGGACCGCUUCACCAAGACGGUGAAGGCCUUUGCCAACAGCCUCAACCUGGCCAAGGCCUCCAUUGGCGACACCAACGUCAAGCACUACAGUCUGCGCAAGCUCUCCAAGAUCCUGUCCAAGACCAAGGAGGACGACGCCGCUGGCUCUGCAUCCGCAUCCACAUCCAGCUCGGCUUCAUCAUCCCCCAGCGAUAGCACCGUGAUCCAUAGCAAAGAUAAGGGAGAAGAAAAACGUUCCUCCAAGAACUCUAUCCAGGUCGAUCGGGAUCUGUUCGAUGGCAAUGCCAGCGUUCGCGCCAAGAUGGCCUUUAACGUGGCCCUGCAGCUGAGCAACUCGGACCGCAAGCCAGAGCCCGAAUCUUCCGAGGCGCUGGAGAACAUGUUCAACGCCAUCAAGCCGUUUGCCAAGCUGGUGGGAUCCGAUGUCCAGGAGCUGGACACUCAGAACGAGAAUCUGGAGCGCCAGAACUCCUUCCGUCCCGUCUUCCUGAACUACUUCAAGACCACCCUUUACCACCGAGUGCGUGCCGUCAAGUUCCGCAUUGUGCUGGCCGAGAAUGGCUUCGAUCUGAACGCCCUGAGCGCCAUUUGGGCGGACAAGCGCACCGAGGGCCUGGACAUGGCACUCCAGUCGAUUGGAACGAUGAAGGGCGAGGACAAGACAGAGCUGCUGGAGCUCCUGGACAGCUAUUUUGACCCCAACAAGACCACCAUCAAGCCGGUGGUAAAGUCGACCAACAAUCGUCGCCGCAAUCGCCGCACCACUGGCCAGUCGGCCAAGAGUGGAGGUCCGGCCAGCUCCCGAUCCGCCAGUGCAGAGUUUGGGGCUGGAGGCGACAAGUCGCAAAGUGUGUCCUCGGUGCCGGAUUCCACCACCAAGACGCCUUCGCCCAACAAGACUCCCGCUCGUCCGCAGCGCAAACGCAACUCCCGUCACAGUUUGACCGGAACUCCCAACGUACUGAAGGUGUCCAAUUCAACCUCCUCCUCCGGCAAGGCAGAUCUCAACAAUACCGCUCCACCCGCCGUCGUGGUAACCCCGGUAGUGGCCACACCCACACCCUCGCCAAGCCCGGUUGCCAUCGCCGCCUCCAACUGAAAACCUCUUCCGGCGGCCCCGUAAAUAAAUUAAGAACUGGAUGAGCGUAACACACAAGAAGACAAGAUAAGCAUGGGAGAUAAAGUUAGACCAUUUGCGAACCUCUUUUCCUUUUUGAAGAACUAACACAGAUUUGAAACAAGCACAAAAUUUCAGUGAAUGCUAAAUUUCCAGUGCACACAACAUCACACUCACGAGCACGUUGGCGAAUGGAUACUGUGAUUGAACCGUGACUGUGAACGCGACGUGAAUUGUGAUUGUUAAGUAGUGUGAUGACUUGGCUUAAUCGACCGUUUGUAAAACUAGUGAACUGUUUAUGCGCCCACUGUAAACACAAGAGACCGGAGCUCGAAACUUUGGAGCAACAUAUGCAAGUAUAUUCAAAAAAUGGAUCGUACGAAUAUGAAGUAAUGUUGGAGAAGAAGAAAAGAACUGCUGACCAUAGCAAGAUAUUACGAAACCUAAAACCGCUUCGGCGUUCAGGCAUAGUUUUCCAGGCGUAUCGAUGCACAAUGUCGUACCAGGAUGGGCGAAUGGAAAAAUAUGAACCAAAGAAACGCCUCGAUGAAAAUUUUCCAUUGGCCAGGUCUUUCGAGCCACACUUAUCAGGAUCCCAAGACUACCACUCAAGACAGAACCAGGCCUGGUCCAAUGUUGAAAACUUUCACUUUGUAGCUUAAGCACACAAAUCUUGAGGAGGAUGCUAAAUAGGCAAGCCUCACGCGAAUCACUGAAUAACUCAAUCAAUCAUACUUAUUUCGCACAUGUCGACUCAUAGCACACAUAAUGGAUGAAGAAGAAACUAAAAGCAUAUCAACAAUCUCAGCACCUGUCAACACUGCAGUAUUUCAAGCUGUAUUUCAUACUUGUUUCAUUAUUGCAUUCAUUUCAAAUCCAAAAGCAAAUGUGUUUUUUGUAGAAAUGCGUUAAUAAAUUAUAUAAAUUUAACAUA